UUUUUUCCAAAUUUUUUUUUUUUUUUUUUUUUUUUUUUUUUUUUUUCUCUUCCCUCCCGCGGUGUCGGUGUUGGGAAGACCCCGCCCGCGUUUCUCCUCCCGUGCCCCAGCGGAGAGGCCGGGAGAGCGGGCAGCACCUCCCCGGCGCACCGCGUGCGGGCUCGGCUCGGCGCGGCCCGGCACAGCACGGCACGGCUCGGGCGUUCGCCCCCGAUAAUGCAGAGCUACAAGUACGACAAGGCGAUCGCGCCGGAGAGCAAGAAUGGGGGCAGCCCGGCGCUGAACAACAACCCGACCAAGGGCAGCAGCAAGAAAGUCCUGCUCAUCUGCCUCGACUUCCUCUGCCUCGUCAUGGCUGGACUGCCCUUCCUCAUCAUCGAAACAAGCACAAUCCAGCCCUAUCAGCGGGGCUUCUACUGCGACGAUGACAGCAUCAGGUACCCACUGAAGUCAAUGGAGACAAUCAACGACGCGGUGCUGUGUGCUGCAGGCAUCCUCAUUGCCAUCCUUGCCAUCAUCACAGGAGAGCUCUACCGCAUCCACUACCUAAAGGAGAAGUCACACUCCUUUAUCCAGAACCCUUACGUGGCAGCUCUCUACAAGCAAGUGGGCUGCUUUGUUUUUGGCUGUGCCAUCAGCCAGUCCUUCACAGACAUUGCCAAAGUGUCCGUUGGGCGCUUGCGGCCACAUUUCCUUGAGGUUUGCGACCUGGAUUUCUCCACCAUCAACUGCUCAAAGGGGGUUUACAUCCAGAACUACACCUGCAGAGGAAGUGACAGCAAGGUCCAGGAAGCCAGGAAAUCCUUUUUCUCUGGGCAUGCAUCCUUCUCCCUCUACACCAUGCUGUAUUUGGUGUUCUAUCUGCAGGCCAGGUUCACGUGGAAGGGCGCCCGCCUGCUCCGUCCCCUGCUGCAAUUCACACUGAUCAUGAUGGCAUUUUACACUGGCCUGUCCCGUGUGUCAGACCACAAGCAUCACCCCACCGACGUGCUGGCAGGCUUUGCACAGGGAGCCCUGGUGGCUUACUGCGUGGUGUUUUAUGUCUCUGACCUCUUCAAGCCCAAGCCCAAGACCUGCCUGCCUCCACCCCCCAUCCGGAAGGAGAUCCUCUCACCUGUGGACAUCAUCGAACGCAAUAACCAUCACAACAUGGUGUAGGCCUUUGAGCAAUCGGAUUGGUGUUGUAUUUUAUUUUUUAUUUUUUUGCAAAAAUGACUGCUGACAGCAACUACCUGCUGCUCUCAAAUCUCAUCAGACAGUAGAAUGUAGGGAGAGACUUUCUUGCCCGACCGGUAAAGUCUUACUCUGUGGUCUUUUUCAACUCACGACAUUUGGAGGAAAGGAGUGGUGGUGAUCAACUAAAAGCAACAGUGAGAAACAAACACCCAGCAAAAAGCCGAGCAAGCAAAGAGGUGCCGGAGUUCUGGAUGUGCAAUUGGUUUGAGUGUUCAUGUUGUAGUGAACGCCAAAUUGUUCAUAGCGUAAAGAACACUAAGGGAUUUUGGAAAGCUGGCCAUCUCGGUUGUGUUUUGUUUUGUUUUGUUUUUUAAUUAUUAUUUUUGACGAUGAAGAUUUCUAAUGCAGGCAAGGAAAAAAAAAAACAACUCACAAAUUAUAUAGCACUACAGACGAGCAACAGCACUGAGUCAAGA